GACCCUUCGCAAGGAUAGAGUAUUUUCAAUUAUCCAUAACACUUAUCAACCACAGGAAGGAAAGACAUUUCGCUUGGCUCCUAAUAAAGAAACUGUAUUAGUCGAACUUUGGGAUUGGGCCAAGCAAAUGUCUUCAUUACCUUUUGAGAAUCGGAAAAGUGCUUCGCUUAUCUGCCAUCUCAGAAAGGAUGUGCAAGGAAUUGUUCGUGCUCUUAAGACUGAUUUUCCAGAACUACGGAUUAAGGAAUAUCAUGGUAAAUCAGAUCCUGAGGAAAAGGCUCACGAUUUUAGCAAUGUAGAAGAAUCAUGGAAAGACUUAGACCUAAUUACCUAUACUAGCACUCUAAAAAUAGGAGUAUCGUGUACCAAUCCUAAGUUUGAGCAGGCUUUUUGUCUUUUUAAUAGCUACAUAGAAACAAACGCAGGAACGAAUCAAAUGUUAUUCUGCAUGCAAUGUAUUAAAGAUUAUAUAUGCCACAUCGAGCAAAGAUCAUCUAAUGCUCCCAUUACAGAAGAAGGGUUAUUUCGAUGGUUGUUGAAUGCCAAACAGAAAUUCUGUUCUUAUCAUUUAUUUGGUUGGAGAAUGGUUGCUUUUCUCCGAAAGGCGGGUAUGGUAAUUUCUAUCAUAGAACUUAUACCUAAACCUAAAGAUAAUACGAUAUCAUUAUCUCAAACAGUAAAGGUGAGUUCAUCUAUCAUUAAAACGGAGGAGAUAGCAGAUGUUUCCAAUGCUACUAUUAUCGAUCGUGAGACUGCUGAAUUUUUGGAGAAUAAACCAAAGAAAACUUUAGAAGAGAUGUGGUCUUUGGACCAACAUCACAUU